UAAAACCUGUUUGUCUUCUCUUUGCUGCGUAUAGGGACAGUCUGAUUAUUUGUGGUGGAGGAGGAUCCCCAGUGGAAAUGACAACAAGUCAUUUUAAAGCUUGUGUAGUUCCUAUUUUCGCCCACAAAAUAAACAGUCAAUUAACUUUCCAGUAGGGUAAAAGGGAACAUUGAAAGUCACAUCGAAGAGAAAAGCAAAACUUCUUCAAGCACCAUGUUUGCUGAGCGUCUGGGUCGGCAGCUGCGGAAGCCCACCAAGGGCUUGUGGGGUUGGCUGGCCAAGCAGUUCUUCGAGAGGAACAACGCUUGGCUGGAGGAGGCGGCGGUCGGGCUGUGUCGGAUCCAGCCCCAGAGCCAGGUCCUGGAGCUGGGCUUCGGGCCGGGGCUGGGGCUGAGGGCAGCGGCCGACCGGCUGCCGGGUCCCGGGGGGAAGCUGUACGGUCUGGAUUACUCCGAGUACAUGCACAGCGUAGCCAGCAGGAGGCUGCGGACCGAGAUCCUGGCCGGGAAGGUGCGCCUGUUCCUGGGCAGCGUGGACCGCAUCCCCCUGGAGGAUAGUCAGCUGGACACUGUCUACCACUGCAACUGUUACUACUUCUGGCCCGACCUGAGCGCCGGCAGCCGAGAGAUACACCGGGUCAUGAAGCCAGGAGCUCUGAUGGUUACUACUUUUUACCUGAAGUAUUUGGAGAGCUUUGCAGCUUCAGGAUUUUUGCCGAAUACAAACUGGAAGCCAGAGCAGUACAUGGAGGCUCUACGUGCAGCUGGAUUCAAUGACGUGCGGAUGGAGGACCGACAGCACAAGGGACACACCUUCCAGGCGAUAUUUGCGAUCGCAAAUAAACCCUAACUGCUGUGCGCCUUACUGUACAUUGCAAUGUACUGAUAACUUCAGGACACGUCUCAAGACCCUCCUCUUCAGCCGUGCUUUCGGCCACCCUCC